AUGGCUGCGUUGAUGAUGGUUAGAGAUAUAAAACCACGUAACGACGGGAACGAAGAACAUGAACAACAGAGCCCAACGGGCUCAGAGCCACAUAGUGGCGAGGAUACUGGUCGGGUUAUUCGAGACAUUAAAAACGUGUAUCCUGAAGUUAUUGAUUUAUUUAGAGGAGUUAAUGAUUCAAUUUCAAAACAUUCUAUAACCCUCGAUGAAGAGAAUAAAUUAACAGAUUAUAUAUUCGUCAUUAUUGCAGAAUUAAUGAAGAGAAUAAAUGAAAAAGGAAUUGGUGAUAUCAUUAAUGUCAGCGAUGUAAUGAUGAAAAGAAAUUUUGACUCAUUAUUUACAAAACCGAAAACAGAAUAUAGUCUUUAUGACGUAAUUACCGAAUUAAUGAAAAAGAUUAAUGAUAAUAAGAGUUCUGGCGGAAGAGUUGAAUUAGAAGUGAAUGAUGUUAAUGAGAAAUUAGCCGAAAAAGCAGAUAAAAACCACGUUCAUUAUAUAACUUCAGACGAACAGAUUAUAACGGACUACCAUGGAUAUUUAACACGAAGUGAUGAAGUGAAGACGGAAGAUGUUAAUGAAAGAAGAUAUAAAUACAUUCGUGCUAAAGGUUAUGACAUAAGCUGUACUGUACAGUAUGACACGGGUAAAGCACCAGAAGCAUUUAGUUAUAACGAUGAAAUUUAUGCCUCUACUUUCUCUGUUAACGGUGUAUUAGUUGAACCAAGAUUUACUUUGAGAGUUAAGGCAAAAAUAACGUUUGAAGAUGCUAUUAAAAGUAAAGCUGACAAAGUUGAACUUGACGCAAUGAACAAAGUUUUGAAAUCUCAUAAACACAACAUCUCCGAUAUAAAUGAACUUCAAACUUCUUUAGACAGUAAAGCUGACAAGAACCAUACACAUAAAUCCUUCACUACUGUUAGAGCAGACGACAUAAUAUUGAACUUUGACCUUGGUUCAAGUGCACCAUUAGAAAAUCCAAGUACAAGCGUAAAAGAUACUCUUAACAGUUUAGAUAACAGUUGCAGGAACAUUGAAAGUCAUGCCAGAAACUUUGAAGCACAUGAACUACCAGCAAUGUUAGAUAAGAAAGCCGACAAGAACCAUACACAUACAAGUUUUACAACUGUUGGUAUAGAAAGUAUUGAAGGAACGGUUGAAGAAACUGGUGGGGAUGCAUUAUAUUGUAAACCUCCUAACUUUCCACAAGGUUUAACAUCGGAUGACGACAUAACGACGAUGAGAAACAUUAGAUGUAAAGAUGUUUAUGUCAUGAAGGAUGAACAUAAUAUUAAAUUCACUGCUCAAGAUUUAUAUGAUAAGAAAGCUGACAAGAACCAUACACAUAAAUCCUUCACUACUGUUAGAGCAGACGACAUAAUAUUGAACUUUGACCUUGGUUCAAGUGCACCUUUAGUGAAUCCGAGUACAAGCGUAAAAGAUACACUAAACUCCUUAAAUAACAAAUGUAUGAAUAUCGAAGGUCAUGUCAGAAACUUUGAAACCCAUGAACUACCAGCAAUGUUAGAUAAAAAAGCUGACAAAACAGAGCUUCAAACAUUAAAGACAGAAAUACUUCAAACAUUAUAUCCUAUAGGCUCUAUUUAUACGUCAAUGAACUCAACAAAUCCAGCAACAGUUUUAGGUUUUGGUACAUGGAAGCAGAUUGUAGACAAAUUCUUAUACUGUGCUAGAUAUUCAAAGCAAACAGGAGGUUCGAAGAAAAUUAAAGAAGCAAACCUUCCACCGCACACUCAUACAGGAACUACAAACACAACAGGUAGUCAUUCACAUUCAAUAACAAAAAGAGGUUAUACAAAUCUUGCAGCAGGUUCGGAUAGACAGGGAAUGCAUAGAUAUGAUAUUUCAAGUGACCCAGUAGAUUCAAGCGCAGGUAUUUUCUGUGGAACCGCAGGAAAUCAUGCCCAUACUUUCACAACAAAUCCAACAGGCUCGGGUGAAGAUUACAUGCCACCAUUUAUGACUGUAUUCGCAUGGUAUAGAGUUCAAUGA